AUGGAUCACUCUCGAGAUCCUUGCCCUUGGGUUGCCCUCUCCGACUUUGGCGGCGCCUUCUGCAUGGGCGCCCUGGGAGGCACAGUGUGGCACGGUAUCAAGGGAUUCAGAAACUCGCCCUACGGUGAACGAAGGAUAGGCAUGUUAACAGCCAUCAAAGCUCGAGCACCUGUGACGGGAGGAAACUUCGGCGUAUGGGGCGGCAUGUUCAGCACAUUUGACUGCGCAGUCAAGGGGAUCAGGAAGAAGGAAGAUCCAUACAAUUCUAUUAUUGCCGGAUUCUUCACAGGUGGCGCACUGGCGGUGCGAGGAGGCUACAAGGCGGCGAGAAACGGUGCCAUCAUGUGUGCAAUCUUCCUAGCUGUGAUUGAAGGUGUCGGUAUCGGUAUCCAACGAUUGAUGGCCGAAAACACAAGACUUGAUCUCCCUCCCCCCGGAACAGCACCCCCAGAUUCUGGCCGUAUGGCUGCGUGA